ACUCUCAAGUUUAGCAUCGAUCCUCUUCCUCCCUCCCUCCUUCUCCACUAAGCAAAAUCACUAUAUAUAUUAUUGCCUUAAAAAAACACCACUUAUUCACAAAUAAAGUUAGUAUGGAAAUCAUCAAUUAUAUAUAAAAGAAUGGGAACAGAUUGGGCACCAUCGGUGAUAGCUGUUGGGUUGUUCAUAUUAUUAUCGCCAGGAUUGUUAUUCCAGUUGCCAUCAAGAACAAGAUUCUGCGAAUUCGGGAAUAUGUACACUAGCGGGAUUGCAGUACUUGUUCAUGCCAUAUUGUACUUUUGUUUAUUUACAAUUUUGACUGUCGCCUUUAAUCUUCACAUAUGGUCCGAUUUUUCAUUCCCUCCUAUUAAGAUUUAGUAUUUUUUAUUGUUAUGUUUUGUUUCUUUAGUCAUGAUAUAUAUACUACUAUUAUAAUUCAUAGGUAA